AUGGUGAUGAUAGUUACUUUUAACCUCAGCGUGUUCGUUAUUUUGUAUCCUUUAUCCGUAUAUUUCUUUUUUCCUUCAGCAUUUGUUUCCUUGACACUGAAAAGAGAUCUUCUGUCACAGGGUUUCGAGCUCCUCUCUCCCGGUUCGAACGAUUUCUCGUCGUUUGGAUACUUUUGGUAUUCGUGGCUUCACUCAGAUGCUCCAGGUAUUUUGGAUGAAAGUAAUGAAGAACCAAAUGAGCAAUUAACUGAGGAAGAAGAGGAUUCAACUGAGGACCCAUCAGAAGAAUCUGUUUCUUGGUCAUCUUCAGACAGCCACAAUCAUGGAAAUGGAAAGCCAAAUGAGGAACCAGGUGCCAAACAACAGGAGCAAUCAACAGAACUAUCUGAAGAUCCUAUUUCUCAGCCAUCUGCUGACAAUGACAAUGAUAUGACUGAACAUCAAAGUAAGGAGCUGACUGAAGCUACAUCUAGGCCUUCAGGUGGUUACAUUGAUGAUAGUGAGCACAAAUUGGAAUUUCAUCCAAUCAUUUUGAAUGAAAAGAAACGGGAACUAGAUGCAAUAGCAGAUGACUCAGUUCCAUUGCUGGUUUUUCCUUCAGAAAAGAAGUGCAAGCGAGAGCAGUUCUUGGAAUCAGAUGACAGGUCUUCUGUUACAGAGAUCCAGAACAAGUCUAAAACUUCCAAGGCCUUUGUUGCUGAUGAACAUGCUUCCGAGCAACAGGAACAUACAGGAAGUUCAGGAAAACGAAGACGGAGUAGAUGGGAUCCACAGCCUGAGAAUGAGGGGGAAGCAGAUGGUCAUAUGACUAGUAAAAAGAAGAAAACCAGGUGGGAUGGUGAUGAUUCUCAGAUAAAAAUGCUAGGCCCAAUUCAACUCCCAGACUUUGUGAAGGAAUCUAAUUCUGAAGCUGUCAAUGAUCCUGAAAUUAAGAAGUUGAAGAUGAGGCUUAUAGAGAUAAAUAGGAAAUUGCAAGGAUCAGAGAUCCAUGAUGACAGGCCAGAGGAAGAAAGAUCCCCAUCUCCCCCUCCACUGUAUGAUAACUUUGGAAUCAGAAUAAACUCAAGGGACAUCAGAUCCCAUCAGAAGCUUAUCCAAGAAAGGCAAUGUAUCGUUUCAAUGUUGAUUCAAAAGAAUCCCACCUUUAAACCUCCCUCUGACUACAAGCCCCCAAAACUCUACAGGAAACUUUACAUACCCUUGAAGGAAUAUCCUGGAUAUAAUUUCAUUGGUCUUAUAUUAGGCCCUCGUGGGAACACACAGAAGAGAAUGGAGAAGAGAACUGGGGCCAGGAUUGUAAUAAGGGGUAGAGGAUCAGUGAAAGAUGGGAAGGCAAAACAAAAACCUGAUCCAUCUGAUAAUGAUGACCUACAUGUCUUGGUAGAGGCAGAUGACCAGAAGUCAUUGGAUGAAGCAGUUACAAUGGUUGAAGAUCUGCUAAAUCCAGUGAGUGAGAGGAUGAAUGAGCACAAACGUGCACAGUUACAGGAGCUUGCUGAGCUGAAUGCAAUGGUUAGAGAUGUAAAUUCACCAAAGGUCAUGGGUGAACAGGGACAUGAGCCUAGGUCAUACACUAGUGGAUCCAAAUAUGCAGUUGCUUGUGAUACAUGUGGUAGCAGAAACCAUGCAACUAUAGGUUGUCCCUUGACUGCUUCAGCACCUGGUAGCCAUGCUGACAACCAAUAUCGUAGCUUUCUUGCUGAUCUUGGGGGUGGAAUGGGCCCCAACUUCAGCACCUCACCAAUUUCUGGUAGCACUCCCCAUGGUUUUAGUAGUUUUGGCUUUGGUACGAACUCUUGUUAUUAUUCUCAACCCAGCAUAAAUUUGACUCCAAAUAUGGAAGACAAGUACAACAAUGUUGAUGAAAGGAAGCUGUAUGUGGGUUGUCUUCCUCAAAGUGUGGAUGAAAACAAGUUAUUUGAGAUGUUCUCGCCUUUUGGCAGGCUUACUGAAGCAAAAGUAAUAAAAGAAAGAACCACAGGUUUGAGCAAAGGCUAUGGGUUUGUUAGGUAUGAUGAUCCUACAAGUGCUGCUAGAGCUGUGACAUGCAUGAACGGUCGAAGUUUUGAUGGCAGAAUGUUGGCAGUGAGAGUAGCCAGUUGUCCAGUAGCAGUGGGAUCCUCGGUGAAUAGCCUUUCAAAGUAUGAAGGCCCCUCGGCACUAUUUCAAGAUAGCCCUGGUCAAACAGGCUGGCCAGGUCCACCAGGUUCAUUGCUGACUGAAUCUCAAACUUCCUGUUUCAAGGGUGACUGGUUAGGUUUUCCUCAUUCCUCCACCUCACCGCAACAUGGUACUUUAAGUAAACAAUUCCAUUUAUCUUAUGGGUCAUCAUAUGACAUUCAGAUCUCAUCACCUGUUUCUUUUGCAAGAUUUCCUGGUAAUCCAAAUUAUGGUUCCUAAUAUUGACAGCUGAAAGGAAGAUAGCCAUAUGGUACAUAUUCAGAAGGUUGCUUUGGUACCUACAAAUUUCUUCUCUGUUACUUUUGCUACGAGUUUGAAAAUUACUUCCCACUACAAAUUUGAAAAUUACUUCCCAUGUGACGGGUAAUUUCCAUCUCCAAAUGUUAAAUGUAAUUUCCCCCUUUUUUCCUCGUCUCCUUUCUUUUGGAAAUUGCUUUAGGCAUUUAAUUUGUUUUGCAAGAUGAACAAAUUUCUCAAUCAGUGUAUGCUCUUAAAUAUUCUUAA